GAAGCGGCAGCAUGACGUGUCAGUUCUGGCUGGGCGGGGCCGCGGCAGGUGAGGUGGGGGGAGUUCUGUGGCGUGUAACCGGCAGCGAGACAGACAGAAACAGAGAGACAGAGACGGGCGUCUUGACCAGCGUUGAAACUGAAACACGAACACGCUUGCACAUUACAGCUCUGGGAUUUGAUAUCGAAAUCAGCCUGCGUGAGAAGACCACGGUGUAUCACUGGGACCAUCGCCAUGUUCAGCUGGGUUAACCGGGAGCACGGCGGCAGGAACGCGGAGGGGGAGAUGUUUCAGACGGUCACGGAGGGGCUGCAGUCUCUCUACACUAAGAAGCUGCUGCCGCUGGAGCAAACCUACCUGUUUAACGAUUUUCACUCGCCAGCCCUGGAGCCGGCGGAUUUUAACAACAAGCCGAUGGUGCUGCUUGUCGGACAGUACUCCACGGGCAAAACCACCUUCAUCAGGUACCUCCUGGAGCAGGAUUUCCCAGGGAUGCGGAUCGGUCCCGAGCCCACGACAGACUCCUUCAUCGCGGUGAUGCACGGGGAGACCGAGGGCGUCAUUCCCGGGAACGCCCUGGUCGUGGAUCCAAACAAACCCUUCCGGAAACUCAACUCCUUCGGGAACGCCUUCCUCAACAGGUUUGUCUGCUCCCAGAUGCCCAACCAGGUGCUGCAGAGUAUCAGCGUGAUUGACACGCCCGGGAUCCUGUCUGGAGAGAAGCAGCGCAUCAGUCGAGGCUAUGACUUCGCACAGGUGCUGCAGUGGUUUGGGGAGCGGGUGGAUCGCAUCAUCCUGCUCUUCGACGCUCACAAGCUGGACAUCUCGGACGAGUUCUCGGAGGCCAUCCGCGCGUUCCGCGGCCAGGACGACAAGAUCCGCGUGGUGCUCAACAAGGCCGACCAGGUGGACACGCAGCAGCUGAUGCGGGUGUACGGCGCCCUCAUGUGGUCGCUGGGCAAGGUGAUCAACACCCCCGAGGUGGCACGCGUGUACCUGGGCUCCUUCUGGUCCAAACCCCUGCAGAACAUGGAGAACCGCAAGCUCUUCGAGGCUGAGGCCCAGGACCUGUUCAAGGACAUCCAGAGCCUCCCACGCAACGCAGCCCUGCGCAAACUCAACGACCUCAUCAAGAGAGCGCGGCUCGCCAAGGUCCACGCCUACAUCAUCAGCCACCUGAAGAAGGAGAUGCCGGCCGUGUUCGGGAAGGACUCCAAGAAGAAGGAGCUGAUCAGCAAACUGCCUGAGAUCUACACCGCCCUGCAGAGAGAGCAUCACAUCUCACCGGGGGACUUCCCUCCCGUCGCCAGGAUGCAGGAGCAGCUGCAGCACUAUGACUUCAGCAAGUUCCCGCCCAUGAAGAUAAAGCUCAUCGAGUCCGUGGACAAGAUGCUGGCGACCAAGAUCGCAGGGCUGAUGACGCUGAUCCGCGAGGAGGAGAGCGCCAUGCCCGCGCGGAUGGUGAGCGGAGGAGCCUUCCAGGGCUCUGAGGAGGGGCCCUUCGGGCACGGCUACGGGGAGGGGGCCGGGGAGGGGGCCGACACGGAGGACUGGAUCGUGGCGCGGGACAAGCCCAAGUACGAUGAGGUCUUCUACAGCCUCUCCCCCAUCAACGGACGCAUCUCCGGAGCCAACGCCAAGAAGGAGCUGGUGACCUCCAAGCUGCCCAACUCCGUGCUGGGCAAGAUCUGGAAGCUGUCUGACUGCGACAGGGACGGCAUGCUGGACGACGAGGAGUUCGCCCUGGCGCAGCACCUCAUCAAGAUCAAGCUGGAAGGCUUCGAGCUGCCCAACGAGCUGCCCGCCCACCUGCUGCCCCCCGCCCACAGGAAGCACCGCAGCGACGCCCUGUCCAUCCCCUUCGCAGAGUAGGAGAGGAGGGACCAGGGGCCGCGGCUUUUAAAAGCAACACAGUCACUGUUGUAUAUAUGUGUGUGUAUAUAUAUAUAUAUAUAUAUAUAUAUAUAUAUAUAAUUUUUUUUUUUUAAACAUUUUUGCCAUUCCAGCUUUUAGAGGUAAGCUAAAGAAUAAAUAAUAAAGCCGUGGUAAACGAUGGUAAAUGCGGAUUCUAGCCAUGGUAAAUUCCUGUGCACUAGGAUAGAAGUUUAUUUUAGACACUGUUGUUGUGUAUUUUGUGUAGCCUGUAAUUGCGCAGGUUGUGUACAUGCCUGUGUGUUUGUGUUGAAGUGUAAAUAUGCUGUAACAGUCCAGUGCAGUUCUGAAGAGCCUGUCUGAAUCCAGUGUGUUAUCGGUGUUGCUGUCUCACCGUGCUGCUGGUUGCACAGUCAUGCAUAUUCACUCACAUGCUGGCACUGCCACAGCUUUCUUCAGUCGUGGGGGUGCUUGUGUUCUGCAAGCACACGGGUUUAUAUGUGAAAUGAAAGCAGUGGUGUCAUGUUUCCACUGUGUGUCCCAGCUCUAACCCAUGUGUCUGUUUGCAUGGCUACACAGUGCAGCAGCCUCACAGGCAAAGCCUGGGAUGGCUCAAACUGCAGAAGAAAAGAAGCAGCUGGGUUAUAAAUGCAAGACCCAGACGUUUUGAGGGGAAGUCUUUUGUCUGUGUUUGUUAAUUCAGUUUGCAUUAUUGUGACGGGAGUAUCAUCGACGCUGACCUCUCGUCGAGUUUCUCUUCCGUACAGCUGAGAGACACGCUCCAAAGACAGCCACCAAGAAAACAUGAAAAAGAUCUCAAAAGGAAUGGCUGAGCAUAGGAGCUGGAUAAACACCAAGAUCAGGAGGACGUGGGGACAUGAAUGUAAUGGGAUCGCUCGUCUCGCCUCUCUCUUGAAGUAGCGUGUGCCCCGUUUUAUUUAAAUUAGUUUUUUUUUUCUGUAGAAGACACCGAAACGUUUUGAUGUAGUAGUUGUUCUCCUUGUAAAGUGCUGAUAGAGUUGUGGUCCAGCAGGUGUAGCUGUUGCGCUGCUGCUGCUGAGCAGAGAGCUGCAUUGAGUGUGUUCCUUAUGACCGGCUUCGGCAGUGUAGACCCUGUCGAGUCUGUGUCUCUCUGAAAUACCUCUGUGGUUUAGACAUCCUCCUCAUCAUCAUCAUCAUCACCUCCUCCCCAGGAUCAGGCCCACUGACCACAUGGCACAUGGGUUUGUGGCUAAUGAAACAAACCCUUACAGAGCUAGUCUAACCUCUCUGUCAAAUGCACAUAUAAAAAAGCCAUGGCUGCAAAAUCGCCUGGGGUUUCUUUAGAACGACCUUGGAGAUGCUGUUUAGACACCUAAUAAUUCAGUACUUGACAGGGAGGUUGUAAUACAUACCCAUACUAUAAUAGGUUAUAAUAAGAGUUUACAUAGCACACAGUGACACCCACUGGCAUCAAAAUGUAGCUGCAGCUAUUUGUACAAUUCUUCACUGCCCCCCUUAUCAUUGUGUAGUUUGUGUUUUUAAAAAUAAGUAACAUGCGUACCAGCAUGGAGAAGUGAACGAAUACGAGGACGCUGGCUUGUAUACCCUCGAGAGACGGCUCAUUUUCAGAUGUGAAUGUGCGACACACUCCUUCUUAGCUGCUGUUGAGGUAGGGUGGGGAGGAGAUGGUUACAGAUUUGAUGGAAAAACGUUUUCAUCUUCUGCUUCAUAACAAAAAAAAUAAUUUAAAAGCAGUUUGCUCCCAAUAGCACACACUCCGUAACUGCUUACGUUGUUAUAAUAUAUAAAGUGAUUUUAUUUUUUACGAUGAAAAAUGUGUAUUUUAUUAAUCUGUUAAAAGCAUGUAUCUAUACUGUAAGCAAAUGAAACCUGCAGAUGUGCCAAGUCUGCGUCUAGUUUCUGCUUUCACUGCAGUGCCUGUUUGAAGUGGAGGUAUGAGAGCAGCAGGGUUAGCUGGGAACUGCUGUCAGGGACAUUGUGAUCGAGUGGAUUACUGUUACUAUUAUUGUACUGUUGUUUAGGUCCUGCAUCCCAAGCUUUCCUGUGUGUAUUGAUUUCAGAAUCUUUUCCUGUUCCGCUCUAUUCUAGUUCAUUCCUAAACUGCACGGGAUGUCAGGUUUGCGUUUCUGAAGAAUUCUUUGUCUGUGUGAGUUUGUGUCGGUCAACCCCAGGACUCCUCACACCUUCUGUUAGUGCAGAUUGUAUUCUCGUCUCACUCCGAAGGAUAUGUUUAUGAAUAGAAUUCUUAUUCUAACUAUCGAUCUCUCCCACUCAUAAUCGCACUUGUUCUUUCUUUACCUCUCUCUCUGUCUCUCUCUCUCUCUCUCUCACUCACUGUCUCUCCCUCGGUGUCUCUCGCUCGCUCUCGCUCUCUCUCUCUCUCUCUCUCUGUCUCUCUCUCUCUCUCUGUCUCUCUCUCUCUCGCUCUCUCGCUCUCUCUCUCUCUCUCUCUGUCUCUCCCUCGGUGUCUCUCUCUCUCUCUCUCUCGCUCUCUCUCUCUCUCUCUCUCUCUCUCGCUGUCUCUCCCUCGGUGUCUCUCUCUCUCUCUCGCUGUCUCUCCCUCGGUGUCUCUCUCUCUCUCUCUCUCUCUCUCUCUCUGUGUCUCUCCCUCUCUCUCUCUCUCUCUCUCUUUUUUCUCUGUUAAUCAUUUGUCAAACUUGGCCAAGUCAAAGUGAUCUAUAUUCAUUAUUAAUGCUUUUAUAAUCAACUCUUUGAGAUGUAGAAAAUGUAUAUUUUUAUGUAAAAAAUAACCACAACAAAUAUUAAAAAGUAAUCUUAUAUUUUAAAUGGAUGUUUGUUUUUUUUAAAUGUCAUUGUUUUAAUCUUGUAAUAAACUGAAGCCUUGCCCUA